UACAACAUCGCAGUCAGAUUUCCAUCGCAGGGAGAAAGAGGAAGGGGACGCCGCUGAACCCGCACGGGGAGAUGUGGAUUGUUUUAAGGUUCUGCGAAUAGUAGUAAUUCAUGAGAGAGAGAGAGAGAAAACACAUAGUCAGUCGUAUUCGCAGUCGUUCGACUCGCGGCGGUGUGUUCUCCUCAGCGGGCGCUGCUCGGAUCACUCUCCCACCGUGACCAGGCCAUGAGCUCCAGCAGCGGUCCGACCAGACAGCUGGCAGACGGACUGACUGCAGCUGCACCGCUGCGGGUGCCCGCGUCGAGCCGAGAGGAGCAGCCUCGGUCUGUGCGGCUCCUCUGUCUGGAGUGAAGCCUCCCCCCCUCCCCCGCGACCCGAACCUGAGGAAGGAACCCUGCACCAUGGAGGAACCACAGAGGCGUGCCCGUCAUGCCCAGGGCUGAGGAGGAGAGCAGCUGAAGAGGAGGAGAUGGGCUGCACCUCGGCCAAGCAGGUGUCUGCCGUGCCAAACGGUGAGGAGAGCCAGAGUAAAGCCUACAUCAACGGGGACCUCCACUCCGAUGAGUACAAGAUGAAAGGAGUGGAGAGAGUCAAGUACAUCAGUGGAGAAGAUGGUGGAGUGGACGGCCAGGACAGCACCGAGAAAAGUGCUCUCCUUGGGAGAGGCCAACAUACGGACGACACAGGAUCGAACGGAAACGAUAAGAUCCUGAGCAUCCACUCCUCCGAGAGUCAGCAGGAAUUCUUCAGGAUGUUGGACGAGAAAAUUGAAAAGGGCCGGGACUACUGCUCAGAGGAGGAGGACAUGACAUAGCGCUGUGGUCAUGCAUCCAUCAGUCCCAAAAUGAGAGGAACUGUCACUCCAGUGUUACGGAUGGACCGUACCAUAUGAUAUCAUAUCCAAGGGGGAAUCUGUCUUGUUCCCACUGUCCCUUUAUAUGUACACGCCUGAGAAGAAUGGAUCACUGACUUGGAUCAAGCACCUUUUUGACAUCCUGCCCCGCAACCUGCUUUGUUCUGGCUUAAACCCUGAGAAAGACUCAAAAUCGAAAUCAAAGAGGGUUCAGUAUUUAUACGUGUGCAAAGCUCUCCGAGGGGAGAGAGCAUUGAGGUUUACUUCUACUGAUGAAGCCAUUGAAAUAUUGGGAUCUUGAGGAAAACCCACUUCUCUUUCUCUGUUUGGAGAAAAAAAACUCCUGAGAUGUCAAUAUACGUGGUAGUUGUCCAGAUUUCCUGUAGACAUUCUAAACACAGACUGUUAAAAAUCCAACAGCGAGAAAUGACCAGCACUGUUGUGGACACUGACAAAGUGAAAACGGUGUCUCUAUCUGCAUUACUUUGAAAGUAUUGUCCUUGAGCUCUUCCCUGAACAGGUUGGAAACUUACUGCAUUCCGAGACACAGUAUGUACCUCUUUUAUACAGCAAGACGACCAGUGCAGCGUUUGUCCGACCACGUCUGUUACUGUUGAGUAUUUAUGUUUAAAUAAGGCUCAGGGCUGAAGUGUUGUAAUCUUUGUCCCACGUAGUCGAGUCCUUCCUCUCAUCAAGACACUGCUGCACCAUUAAAACGACGUACACGCACUCACACAGCCGGGUCGCUGACGUGCCCCCGCUUCGGUAUCUGUUCCAUGUUAAACCCUGCAGGGUGGACACUGCCACGUCACCUAUUAGUCCGAUCAUGUGUUUUGCUCACCAGUGUUAUGUUGUGGCGUUCAGUUUGUAAGUUGAAUUUUUUGUUUUUCUAGAAAAAUUAAAAGUGUUUUCUGUAACUUA